UCAGUUUUCCUGGUGCGCAGGCGCGUAGGAGGAGGCCGUUGCUCCGGGCGACCAGGCGGCCGGCCUUCUCCUCAGGAAAAGCUGAGGGGAGGGAGGAUGUGGCGGCGGCGGCGGCGAAUCCCGGCGUCGCCCGCCAGGCGCUGAGAGGGAGAGAGCGCGCGCGAGAAAAAGGCCCAUGGCGGAGUUCCUGCCGGUGCCCGGGCUUUUCCUGCGGGAGGAGCCGCUUCCCGGGCCGGAUGCCUCCGAGACGGAGGCCGAGCUGUCCCUCAGCCUGGCGCGCACCAAGACCCGCUCGUACGGGAGCACGGCCACCGUGGCGGCGCCGCUGGCCGAGCGCUACGUCGAGCACCGCAUCAGCGCCUGCGACACCCUGCAAGGCAUCGCGCUCAAGUACGGCGUGACGAUGGAGCAAAUAAAAAGGGCAAAUAAACUGUUCACCAAUGACUGUAUAUUUCUGAGAAAAACAUUGAAUAUCCCUGUUAUAUCUGAGAAGCCUUUGCUGUUUAAUGGACUUAGCUCAUUGGAGUCUCCAGAGAAUGAAGCUGACACUCCUUCUUCUUGUGAAGAUGGACCAGUGACAGUUCAGGAAGACAACUCUUCACCCAGUCCUCAAGAGCCUGACAAUCAGCUCCCUCCACCUGAAGAAUUAUCUGCCAAAGAUUUUCUACAUAGACUGGACUUGCAGAUUAAGAUGUCCAAGCAGGCAGCUCGGAAACUAAAACCUGAAGAUAACAGGGAGGACGAUGAGGAAAACUCCUAUGCAACUUCUUCUUAUCAGCAGCAGUAGAAGGUGACUGAAGAGCUGGAAUCAAAACUGUUCUUAAAGAACUAAAUAUCUGAGGAUUCAAAAGCAAACCUUUUGGAUUGAUUUAUUAUCGUGUACUUGUGACAAGUCGUAUAUAGGUAAUUCCACUAACUAUACUUGCACUACAAUUAUUUGACCUUCGCCUUCUGCAGGCCAACGUCCUUUUACUAUACAUUAAUAAAGGAAGUGAUCCUUCCAAAACUAGUAAUUGCCUUUGUAUUUCUGCUAUGAAAAUAUAUCCCUGAGACAACUCUGAAUCAGGAUCGUUAGGAAACAGCUGUAUAUACUUCUAAGAUAAAGUGUAAGGAAGAUUAAGUAUUUAUGAUGAAAGUCAUUAUUAUGGAGCCUUGAGAUAGAUAAGCCUGUCAUGCAGAUUUUGUGCAUAUCGGAGCUGACAGCUACCGCUCUGAAUAUUUUUUUCUCCAUGUGUGUGUACAUGUGUCUUUAUACAGAUAUAAAAAUAUGUAUAGAAAGAUAUUUGUUCUUAAAAUGAACCAGUUUUAACUGUUUUGGAAAUCAGUUGAGAUUUUAAAGUAUGUAUGGCACAAUACCUUGCUCGGAGACUUUUUUAAACAAAGGGAAGAACCUUGGUAAAAAUGUAUUUUUCUUUGUGUCAGGGUAAUGUUCGAAACAGAUACUUGUGUGCAGAUAUAUGUAGUUUUCAUGUAAUAAAUGCAAAAUGCACUUUAAGAAAGUGAACUGUCUUUGUUUUUCAGCCUAUCUGUAUAGAAAAUACAGAAUGUCUGGUGCUUUGCAAAUACAUUUCAAAAAUAUGCUUUUCUGUUUCAUUUGAGUGUAUUAAAAUUUCCAAAGCUGUCAA